AUGGCUGUGACAGGCUACUUUCUUGAUCGGGAGUGGGAGUAUCAAGAGAUCCUUCUUGGCUUUGUACCACUUUCUGGGGUACACUCUGGUGUUAAUCUCAGUGACGUGGUUCUUAAAAUCCUUCACCAACAUCAAAUCACAAAUCGAGUGCUUGCUAUCACCACCGAUAAUACAUCAAACAACAAUACAAUGAUCUCAAGCAUUCAAGAGUCAAUCCAAUCCCUUGAGCUCAAUAUUAACUCGAAUAUCAUUCGGCUGAGUCUCAAAGAUCUCCUUGGUCAAAUGGAAGCAAACCCAAAGAAUGAGAUAGCGGAGAUGCAAUGGCCAGAAGACCGUAUGGGACCUAUUCAUGCUACAGAUCAGCAAAGGAUGAUUGUUGAUACACUUAAUAAGGUUCGAAACCUUGCUGUCUACAUCAAUGCUAGCCCUCAACGCCGGGAAGCGUUCUGUAACCUACAGGCUGAAGGGCCAAAGCUUGUACCUAUACAGGACGUCAGAACUCCCUGGAACUCAGCCUUUUUGAGGCUCCGACGUGCUAAAAAACUCCAAUCAGCAUUCGAUGAUUUUGUUCACAUUUUUAGCAUCUACAAUAAGCUCUUUGGUCAUCUUGAAAAGUCAAUCAGUCAGCUUAAACGAAAGAAGGUUCCUUGGAAGAAGCAAAGAGGAAGCUUUCACAAUACUAUGCUAUUGUUAAGGGCUGACCCCAAUAUCAAUAGUUCGGGCUACGCCUCACGAGACCCUCAUAUCGGCAAAUAUCUGCUCCCACAAGCUGUGGAUACGCUAUUCCCUAUUAGGCACCUACCCUAUUUGAACAUGAAGCUAUCCCCAACACCCGAAAUCUGUUCCGCAACCCCGCUAAUUCAUAAGGCGGGACUGACCCGUAACACUUUACAUAUUAUCUUGAUAGCCACUACGCAGAAGAUGUUUCCAUUAGACAAACCGAGCAACCUUUUUGCAUUCAUUUUGACCGGGAAUGGGGAGCUGGGUGUGUGCAUCAUCGCCUUCGUGUUGCUUUUCAUAGCGCUGCUAGCACAACUUCUUCUGGUGAUAUAUCGAAACGGCAUCUUCUCGUCGGGUGGAUUUCCUCGAGCCUUGAUUUCAUGUAGUCGCUUAGGGAAGGAUGACUCCAACAUACUUAUCCAGGUCCGUAUUGCGCUCACACGGCCGAUGAAAACCGAAGGGGGGCAGUACAUCAAUUUGCGGAUACCCUCGGUGAGCUGGUGGUCAUGGGCUCAAGUGCCUCCAUACAUAGUCACCUCAUGGUCUCAUAGGCCUCAGGAAACGUUGGACUUGCAGAUACAACCUCGACGUGGGUUCUCUGGUGAUUUGCUGAAGCACGCCCUUGCUGCUUCACCGAGGUCUGCUUCGUUUCUCGCAUUAAUUAUUGGACCACAUGGCUUGAGCGAAAAUGUUGAUCGUUAUGAGAGCGUGAUGCUUGUGACAAAUGGCUUUGGUAUCGCAGCUGCCAUUCCGUAUCUCAAAAAGCUUAUCUACAGCUACAAUACUUCGGCUUCUCGGACGUGGAAUCCGUUUGGAAACCAUAACCGAGCCGUCGUUUACAGUGGUUAUGCAAAUUACGAUCAGAUCCUGCGAGCGGAAAUGUCCGGGGAGCUCAUUGAAAGACUUCCAAACGCUCGAGAAGAGAAAAGGGAGUCACUUGUGAUGGUGGCAGCGUCCAACCCGGUCCGCGACCAAGUUCAAACAAUUCUUCGAGACUAUGUGCAUCAAAAAGUGAAAAUAGCUGUUCUUGAAUAUCAGCCUUGA